UUCACUGCAGCAAAUGCUUAGAGAAUGCAUGUUGCCCGCUGUUUUCGAUGCUGCUUCCGUAUAACCCCUUGAAAUUUUUUCUUUAUCAUAAUUUCUUCUGCCUCUCUAUAACAGGCAUGUCUGAAUUCUUGUUUGGGAGAAAGUCAACUGGCCAUAUGUAAAUGCGCAGAAGCCGCCUAUCCAACAAACAAACCAUGCGACCUUUUCAUGAAGUCAAAUAGGCAGUGUUUGCAGAGAGUGAAGUAUCUUUUCAGCAAAGAUCAAUUACCAUGCAUCCAGAGAUGCAAGCGACCAUGCAGGGAAGACAUUUAUGAAAAGACAAUAAGUACAUCUCUGUGGCCAUCUAGUGCGUAUAUGAAUUUUUUGAGAUCGAACGAUGCGACUGCGCCCAAUAGGAGCAGCGUGCUGUUGCUGAACAUAUUCUACAGUCAGUUGAAUUACCAAGUCAUUGAAGAAACGUUUUCGUACGGGACAACAAAUCUUCUAGCUGACAUAGGAGGGCAACUUGGUUUGUGGAUUGGCAUCUCAGCUCUGACUUGUGGUGAAAUAUUGGAGUUGAUGUUUCAGAUUAUUACUUUCGCUUACAUGAAGUGCAAAAAUCGCAGAGAAAAUCGUGUGAUUAAAAUAGGAGAUACCACGGAAUGA